AUGGCCCCCACCGCAACGACCGUCGAUGGCGCACUGCCGUCCGCCAGCACCAACCUGGGUCCCUUCCAUGCGUGCGCCGCCUGUGGCCACGAGGGCUGGUCGGCCGCUGUCGCCAGCAGUCGCGAGGCGGCCGGCACCACGCGUUCGCUGCCGUCGGACCUGCCCACAGUCGCUGCUGGAGCCUGGGGCAAGCUGGCGCAGCUCGCGGCCAAGUUCACAAAGGCCCUCGACGGCGACAUGCGGCCCCUCAGCCUCGCUCUCCAUGGCCGCCCCGAGCUGGGCUUUGAAGAGAGCUUCGCCGCCGACACGCUCUGCACCUACCUGGAACGUCUGCCAGGCUGGCACGUGGAGCGCGGCAUCUGCAGCCUGCCGACGGCCUGGUCGGCCAGCUGGACGAGCCCGCACGGCGCAGGCGAGCGCACGGUGGGCUUUAACUCGGAGAUGGACGCGCUGCCCGAGAUCGGCCAUGGCUGCGGCCACAACCUCAUCGCCGUCGCUGGUGUCGCGGCGGCGCUGGGCACGGCGCGUGCCCUCGAGGCAUGCCAGCUGCCUGGGCGUGUUGUGCUGUUGGGCACGCCUGCCGAGGAAGGCGGCGGCGGCAAGUGCUACCUGCUCGACGGCGGCGCGUACGGCGACAUGGACGCCUGCUUCAUGGUCCACCCUUCGCCCUUCCACGUCCUCGGCUCGUCGCUCGCCAUCAAGCGUGUCUCGGUCACCUUUCGUGGCAAGACGGCCCAUGCUGCCGCGACGCCCUGGGCGGGCAUCAAUGCGCUCGACGCGGCCGUGCUGGCGUACAACGGCGUCAGCGUGCUGCGGCAGCAGACCGAGGACAAGGUCCGCAUCCAGGGCAUCGUCCUGCCCGAGCCGUCGUGGGUGCAGAACGUGAUCCCCGACGUGGCGCGCCUGUCGUACGGCGUCCGUGCGCCGACGUAUACGCAGGUGGACCGCUACUUGCAGCGGGUGUGCGACUGCUUCGAGGGCGCGGCCCGUGCGACAGGAUGCACCGUCGAGUUCCACGUCGAUGCCGUCGGCUACGAGGAGAUUCUCUACAAUGCGCCCCUCGGCAACAUCUACGAAGAGUACAUGACGGCCACUGAGGGCGUCACCGUCCUUCGCGAUGUGCCCUUCUCUGGCUCAACGGACUUUGGCAACGUGACACAGCGGCUGCCUGGCUUGCACCCCAUCUAUGCCAUUCCAGUGAAAGACAGCCAGAGAGACGCCAACCACACGGUAGCCUUCCACACAGCGGCUGGUACGCCGGAGGCACAUGCAGAAACGAUGAAGAGCGCCGCCGGCAUCGCUGUGGCCGCUGCGCUUUUCGCCGCCGACGCCCACUUUGCCGGCGUCGUCGCGGAGCACUGGAAGAAGGACCAGCAGCAGGAAAAGAAGUGA